CUGUGUCCGCGUGUGAGUGAGAGCUUCCAAAACCAUAUGGCAUGUUGAGUUUUGUCGCCUGACAGACGCGCUCGUUUGCUGCGGUCCUUUCUACCUCAUAUCAAAUCAUCCGCUCUCUGUUACUGCUGCCUUCCAGGAAUACGAGCUGUUCUUGAUUUAAGCAGUCGUGGUGAAACUUUGACCCUGUUUGAGUCGUCGUGAGGAUGCACAGCUCUCAGAAGGACACCACAUACACCAAGAUCUUCGUCGGAGGUCUUCCGUAUCACACCACCGACUCCAGCCUCGCGAAAUACUUUGAGGUGUUUGGAGAAAUCGAGGAAGCUGUUGUCAUUACUGACAGACAAACGGGGAAAUCCAGAGGCUAUGGAUUUGUGACGAUGUCCGAUCGAGCUGCGGCAGAAAGAGCCUGUAAGGACCCAAACCCCAUCAUAGACGGCAGGAAAGCCAACGUCAACCUGGCGUACCUCGGGGCCAAACCACGGAUCAUGCAGCCGGGGUUUUCAUUUGGUGUGCCUCAAAUACACCCUACCUUUAUCCAACGGCCUUAUGGAGAUAGUGAGGAUGAUCAUUCCCCAUUACUGUAUCCUCCCCCUUUCCGCCAGGUUAUGAGGAUUCCCGCUCACUAUGUGUACCCGCAGGCGUUUGUUCAGCCCAGCAUGGUGAUCCCUCACGUCCAGCCGUCCUCGGCCGCGGCCGCAGCGUCUCCGUACCUGGAUUACACCAGCGCCGCGUACGCGCAGUACUCCGCCGCCGCCACAUCCGCUGCAGCCGCCGCCGCUUAUGAUCAGUACCCGUAUGCCGCCUCCCCAGCCGCCGCGGGUUACGUCGCUGCCGCGGCGGGCUACGGUUACGUCCAGCAGCCGCUGGCAUCGCCUGCACCCGGAUCCGCCGCGGCCGCGUUCGCUCAGUAUCAGCCGCAGCAGCUGCAAACGGACCGCAUGCAGUGAGAGGAAGAAGAAGGAGCGUUUAUGACUGUCACCUAAACCAACUGAUAUGCCUUUUUUAUUGUUCGGGUUAUUGCUUUUUAUUUGUAGUAUUUAAUAUUUAUUAUGGAAAAGAACACUAUAGUUUGUCGUUUAUAUGUACAAGAAUAUUAUUUAGGCCUACUCACCCUAGUGUCAUUAAAAACCCUUGUAUUGCUUUUUUUUUUUUUUUUCAAUGCAACACAAAAAGAUUUUGGGUUUGCACCAUUAUGCAGAUGCAUAAACAUCAAAUCUGUGUCUUACAUGGAAAAAAAAUAGGAUUUGACCAGCAUAAGGGUGAGUAAAUAAUGACAGAAUUCGUUUUUAGGUGAGUUAUUUGUUUAAAGGAAUAGUUCACCCAACUGUGAAAUUUGGUUGAUCCAUCCGAGAUGCAGACGAGUUUGUUUCUGCAUCAGAUUUGGAGAAAUCUGAACUUGCUCUGCAGUGAAUGGGUGCCGUCAG